CUCCUCGAUCCAAUUACAGCCUAGACAAUGAUUCGUACAAGUCAGCCUCUCUACCAGGAUACAGGCGGAACGGUGUCAACAGGCCCCAGAGUGCAGCCCCAGACUACUACCAGCAGUAUGACAGCAGCAGUGAUGUCAACUGGGGAACCAGAGAAUACAAGGCCUACCCGUAUGAAGUGCUAAUCGUGACCACCAGGGGGCGACACAGAGUGCCUAAAGAUGUAGACAGAGCCAGACUAGAGCGUCAUCUGAGUCCCGAGGAGUUCCUACAGGUGUUUGGGAUGGCCGUGGCAGAGUUUGACCGGCUGGCUCUCUGGAAGAGGAAUGAAAUGAAGAAACAGGCCCGACUCUUCUAACCAUGGAGAGAGAGAGACAAUUAGAGGAAAUUGAGAAAGAGAAACUGUUCUAAUUAAAGAAAGAGAGACUGUUAAUGACAACAGAGAUAGAGAAAGAGAGACUGUUAAUGAAAACAGAGAUAGAGAGAGAGAG